AUGGACAAGCUGACAACUGAGGAAGGAGACACAGUUCAAUUUAAAAGUGCAUUUGAACAGCAGGGUACUUUCCAACAAAUGGCAUCUGUUGAGCCAACUGAAGCAUCUAAAAACCAAGAGGAACAACCAGAAAAUACACAAAAACAAUCAGAGGAAACAUCAGAACAUUUUAAGGUUCAACCAGAGGUACAACCAGAGGAACUACCAGAGGUACAACCAGAGAAUCAACCAGAGGUACAACCAGAACAACUGGAGGAACAACCAGAGAAACAACCUGAAGUAAAACCAGAUGUACAACCAGAACAACCAGAGGAAAUUUUAAGUAAAGAGGAUUUAGUGGAAUGUGUAGAUGGGUAUAAACCAGAAAGAUACACCUCUAGAUGCAAGACGUGA